GUAGCGUUUACAGAAGCCCGGAACGUUUGUGGCUUCACGUUUAGGAAGCACGAGCUAUUUUGAAGGUUACACUAAAUAGCUGUGAAGCAAGUUGCUCCAGUAGCAUCGUCUGUGCAGCCUGCAAAAUGGCCCAGACAGACAGCAAGGUGUUGGUCCUGGGUGCUUUGGCUGGAGUGGCUGGCAUCAGUUUUGCUGUGGUGUGUUAUCAAGGCUUUAGGUCGAGGCGAAGAGGCUCAUGGCCGGGGCUGUACAGGAACCGAACUAAUGAACAGGGUGUCAUGAUGGUGGAUGGUCCAGUUGUGCACAGGGGUCAGGAUGAGGUGCUGGAGCGCCUCGAGGCCCUGAUCCAGUGUGUGUCUGAGCUGAAGGAUGAGAUGAAGGCAUUGAAGAGUGCUCUGCCAUCGCUGCAGGACCAAGUAAGAGAGGAGCUGAGAGGACGGGAUGAGAUGCGCAGAGUGAGCCCCUUACAUAGGACCACGCCAACACGAAAGAAAAGGCCAGCAGGAACCGGCAACGUGGCCAGAUCUGGUGGUCGGAGCUCAGAGGAAGCAGAGAGUGAGGGAGGGUACAUGACUGCACUGACGGACUCGGAUGAAGAGGAAGUAAGCAAACCUGAUGAAGAACAGCCCGCGGACAGUUUGUCCAUCCUCCUCAAACGGGUCGACUCUUUGCGUCAGGGCACCGAAAGUGACAAAAGGGAAAGUUUCAACAUAUUAAUAGAGCAGAGAGAGGAGUUUGGACAGGAGUCGACGUUUCUUUGGCGACUAACCCGAGCUUACUGUGAUGUUCAUGACAUGAGCUCCACUCUGGAGGAGAAGAAGACGUAUGCAGAAGCUGGGAAGAAAGUCGGUGAGGAUGCAGUCUGUCUGAACCCUACGUGUGCAGACAGUCACCAGUGGUACGCCAUCAUGUGUGGAAUUAUGGCAGAAUAUGACACAAUACAGAACAAGAUAAAGAAUGGAUAUAUCUUUAAGGAUCACCUGGAUAAAGCCAUUGAGUUGAAGCCACAAGACCCUUUGUCCUACUACCUGCUGGGCCGCUGGUGCUACGCUGUGGCUCAACUGUCCUGGAUUGAGAGGAAAGUUGCGGCCACAUUAUUUGGAGAACCUCCAAGUGCCACAGUUGAAGAUGCACUGAAGAAUUUCCUUAAGGUUGAGGAGAUUAGUCCAGGAUAUUCUAAACUCAACUAUGUGUUUCUGGCCAAGUGCUACAAAGACCUGGGCCAAAGGGAACAGGCCAGGAAGAUGUGUGAAAGAGCUUGUUCAAUGAAAGCUGUCUCCAAAGAGGAUGAAGAGGCACAGAAGGAGCUGGUCUCACUCUGCCCAGCGCUUGGGGUGUGACAACGGAGUAGCUCAUAGGACAUGGCUGUAGGACGUUCCUCCAGAAAAGUAUUCUUCAUGUGCUUUAGGUGGUGUAUGUGUAACUUUAAUUCACUCUGUGAGUGGAGGAAGGUGUGUUUUGUUUCAUUAGUAAUAGACAUAAUAGACCACCACAGUCAGAACUGUCCUGUGUCCUUUUAAGUCGAACUUGUUUAUUACUUUUUUAUCAUAAAAAGGUUUUAAAAAAGGAAAACAUGCUUCAUACAGCUGGUUGUACCAAAUCAGUGAUUUCCUUCUCUAGUAAUCAAGACUUUUGUUUUGGAUUGACUGGACGAACUCUUCCCCUUUUCACUUUGCCAUCAGUUUGCUUUCUGCCUAUGUUAAUAUGCAGUGAACACACGUGGAGUGUGAUCCUGUAGGAUACCUCUGAUGAACUAUGACCGUUGAUGCUGGCACCAACACCACUUGCCUGUACUGUAUCAGAGGGUCCAUCAAGAAGAACUGGUUUGCUCAUAUGCAUGACCAUGUGAUGUUACACCGAUUUAAGCCCUGGGUAACUUUUGGCUUUUAGUACUGAAGUAUGAUGUUUAGAUUGUUAAGAAGUCAUGUGGUUAAUGUCGUAAUUUUGGGGUUGAUUGAGAAAAUAUUAUUUGUUUUACCACAUAGUUUUGAAUGAUUCUAUUGGUUUUCCUUCGUGGUGCUUUUAUUGUUUUAAUCAAAGGUUGCUUUUUAAUCCUGACCUCUCCUGGAACUCAUCAUCAUCAGUCUUUUUAUUAUUCACACAUUCCUUUAUGCAGCUCUGAUUCUUACAUUUUGUUUGUAUUCUAUUGAUUUAAACUUUCCAAUCUUAAAUCAGAUUUAAUGAGAUGAGUUUAAUAACUGAUUUUUUGAUUUAUGUUAGUUAAAGUGAAAGCCUACCUACAGUGAGUUCACCACAAAAGAGCCUAAUGUUUCUCUGACUUCCCUCACAUACAUACAUACUGUCCCCAGAACAAUUAAGACCUUGCUCAGGUUUCUGCAGCCUAAUGACGGAAAGGGAUUAUUGUGCUUGAUUAGCGAACUGACGCAUAAUCAGCAGUAAAUCAAAGUUUAAAAAGAAAUUAGCCUUUUUCUAUUGCAUGUCAAUUAUUUUACUGAAGCAGGUUGUGCGUGAAAGGGUUGGAUGGACGGUUCUCUGUAAUGAGUAAAGCAGGGGAGGCAGAUCCACUGCUGUCUAUCAGACAGUCGGUCAUUUUAUGCAUUCCUGCUCUUUGUAAUGUAAAAAUUGCAAUUUUCAUGCAACCUUUAAUUUUGUUACUCUACAGAUUUUGAUUUUUUUUUUUUUUUUAUCAACUUACCGACAGGUUCAGUACAUUUAAAUCUUAUGUUGUGAAGUCAUCAGACUUUUGCAUUGCUUUUCUUUUUCUACCAGAACUAUGAAUGUAAGUUUUUAUGACAAAGCAAGUGCAAUAUUCAUCUCAGACGCUACAUAGAGAUCGUAGUCCACAGGCAGUGUGCACUCACUCAUUAAUGAUAAUGGAAUCUAUAAUUAAAUCUGUGCAAUGCUGA